AUGGAGCAAACCGACGCAAAUAGUGUGGAUAUCUUCGGGGACGUUGACCCGCGCCGAUUAUCUCAAAAUCGUGCCAACGUUCCAGGCGUUCCCGUGCAAAAUCUCGGACAUCGAGAAGGAGCGUCAGUUUUACCACCGACGCACAUCCAGCCACCAUUGCAGUCUACGACGACGCCAUCAUUGUUCAACGCGUCACCAGCCAUGAUUAGCAGCGCGGACAGUGCUACAAUGCUGCAAAUGAUGAAUUUGCUUCAACAGCAAAUGGUGCAACAGCAGCAACUACUCAACGAGUUUCUACACGCGCGCAUGCAAAAUCAAAGCGCAACAUCCACCACCUUCCAGCCUGAACAAAUUAUUGAUUCUCUGUCUCAUCAUAUUUCAGAGUUUCAAUACAACAAAGAGACUGGAAUAACCUUCAAAAAUUGGUUCUCACGUUAUCUCGACCUGUUCCAGAAGGACGCUGCUAGGAUUGACGACGCCGCUAAAGUGCGAUUGUUGCUUCGGAAACUGGGACCAUCCGAGCACGAUCGUUACUUGAGCUUCAUCAUGCCGAGUCGCCCGCCUGAUUUUUCACUGGAGCAGACAGUGGAAAAGCUAACAUGCCUGUUCGACACCCAGGAAACCCUGCUGAGCAAACGGUUCAAAUGUUUGCAAAUCAUGAAAAAGCGGACAGAGGAUCAUCUGAGUUAUGCUUGCCGCAUUAACAAGGCGUGUGUCGAGUUUGAACUCAGCAAGCUGAAUGAAGAGGAGUUCAAGUGUUUGCUGUACGUGUGUGGUUUGAAGGACGAAAUCGACGCUGACAUCAGGACGCGGUUGCUAGCCCGCAUCGAGGACAAGGUCUGCGCGACCUUGCAGCAGUUAUCGUCGGAAUGCCAUCGCCUGAUCAAUUUGAAAAAGGAUAGCGCAAUGAUCGAGGCACCAGCACCCGAGCAUGAGCCGAUCUUAUCGACGCGUUUGCACUGUGAUCGGUUCCGAUGGAUAGUUUCUGUUGCCGCCUUACGGGUACUGUUACAACGCCAAGACAAUGGCAAGAGCGUUUCCCUAGAGUUUUCCAAGGAGUAG